GGAAUUUCCACAGAAGUGAGCGGGCCAAAGCCCAAGCAGGUUGGACCCAGCCCUCCACACAGCAACCUGUGCUUCGGUCAGUCUUUCCCGCCGCCGCCUGCUCUCCCUGAAAGGCCUGGCCCAUGGCGGAGGACAUACCGGAGGACACACCGAGGCAAAGAGAGUCCAUCUCUCUCACACCUGUGGCCCACGGCCUGGAGAACCUGGGGGCGGAGUUCCUGGAAAGCAUGGAGGAAGGCCGGCUCUCACACAGUAACUCAGGCCUGCCGGAGGGUGGAGGCAGUUGGAACAAGGCAGAAUGGAAGUCCUUCUCCGGAAGGAGCCUGCAGCUGACUGUGCGAACGAGAAGCUUCGUCAGGGAGCACAGGCAGCUGUUUGGAUGGAUCUGCAUAGGUCUGCUCUGUGCCGCAUAUACUGCCUUCUUGAUCAUCGCCUGCCUCCUGGACGUCCAGAGGGCCCUGGCGCUGCUGGUCAUCACCUGUGUGGUUCUUGUCUUUCUGGCCUACGGUCUGCUAAAGAGACUUCUAGGGUCCAAACUGAGGCGGUGUAUCAAGUUUCAAGGCCAUUCUCGGCUGAGUACCUGGCUGAAAAGAGGUCUAGCUCUUGCUGCUGGCCUGGGCCUGAUCUUGUGGCUAGCUCUGGAUACCUCCCAGCGGCCAGAACAGCUGGUGUCCUUUGGAGGGAUCUGUGUGUUCCUUGCCCUUCUCUUUGCUGCCUCAAAGCAUCACCGUGCUGUGUCAUGGCGGGCUGUGUCCUGGGGCCUUGGGCUGCAGUUUGUGCUUGGACUCUUUGUCAUCAGAACAGAACCAGGAUUUGUUGCAUUCCGGUGGCUAGGUGAUCAGAUCCAGGUCUUCCUGAGCUACACCGAGGCCGGCUCCAGCUUUGUCUUUGGGGAGGCUCUGGUCAAGGACGUCUUUGCCUUUCAGGUGUUGCCCAUCAUUGUUUUCUUCAGCUGUGUCAUGUCCAUUCUCUACUAUCUGGGCCUCAUGCAGUGGGUGAUCCUGAAGAUUGCCUGGCUGAUGCAGGUCACCAUGGGCACCUCAGCCACUGAGACCCUGAGUGUGGCAGGAAACAUCUUUGUGAGCCAGACUGAAGCUCCUCUGCUGAUCCGGCCCUACCUGGCAGACAUGACCCUCUCUGAAGUUCACGUUGUCAUGACUGGAGGCUAUGCCACUAUUGCCGGCAGCCUCCUGGGCGCCUACAUCUCUUUUGGGAUUGAUGCUGCCUCCCUAAUUGCUGCCUCUGUCAUGGCGGCCCCUUGCGCUUUGGCCCUCUCCAAGCUGGUCUACCCGGAGGUGGAGGAGUCCAAGUUCCGGAGUAAGGAUGGAGUGAAACUGUCGUACGGAGACGCUCAGAACCUUGUGGAAGCAGCUAGCUCUGGGGCUGCCAUCUCAGUGAAGGUCGUUGCCAACAUUGCUGCCAAUCUGAUAGCCUUCCUGGCUGUCCUGGCCUUCAUCAACGCUGCCCUCUCCUGGCUGGGGGACAUGGUGGAUAUCCAGGGACUCAGCUUCCAGCUCAUCUGCUCCUACGUGCUGCGGCCUGUGGCCUUCUUGAUGGGGGUGGCCUGGGAUGACUGUCCAGUGGUGGCUGAGCUGCUGGGCAUCAAGCUGUUUCUGAAUGAGUUUGUGGCCUAUCAAGAGCUUUCCCAAUACAAGCAGCGACGCCUGGCAGGGGCCGAGGAGUGGCUUGGCGACAAGAAACAGUGGAUCUCUGUCAGAGCAGAAAUCCUGACGACAUAUGCCCUCUGUGGAUUCGCCAACUUCAGCUCUAUCGGCAUCAUGCUGGGAGGCCUGACCUCCCUUGUCCCCCAGCGGAGGAGCGACUUCUCCCAGAUUGUGCUGCGGGCGCUGAUCACAGGGGCCUUCGUGUCCCUGGUGAACGCCUGUGUGGCCGGGGUCCUCUACGUGCCCAGGGGCGUCGAGGUGAACUGUGCACUUCUUCUGAACCAGACCCUCAGCAGCAGCAGCUUCGAGGUGUACCAGUGCUGUCGCCAGGUCUUCCAGAGCACCGGCUUGGAGUUCGGCCAAGAGGCACUGGACAACUGCUGUCGAUUUUACAAUCACACGAGCUGCACCUAGCUGGGACUGAACAUCUCCCCACCCCCAGGGCUCAUCCAUCCCAGAAAGUGUCCUCGAGGAAACCACGGGACUCAUCACAACCUCCAUCCUACAGUUGGGAAAGGGUGCUGCAGUGAAUGGAGACAGCAGGAAAAGGAAGACAAGAUGGCUCCCACCCCUGGUCACAUCGCUGCUCCCCCAUGCUCGACCUUCCGUGUGAACUCUGUGUCUGCUCUGCUCCCUGGCCCUCUGCGGGCCAACAUCCUGGUCCUCUCUGUUCCUCUUUCCUUGGGAUCCUCCUGUGCACCUAUCCAGAGCCUCCUCCCUGCUCCCUCCCAAGCAUCCAACUUGCUGGGUCGGUCUCUAGAGACACCUUCCAACACCUCCCUUCACUCGGUCCCCAGAGCACCUUCCAGACUGGUGCCUGCAGGGCGUCAUUUGGGCGUGAUGUCAGGGCAGCCCGAGGUCCACUUUGUUUGGAACGCUGAGCUGGAUAAAGUUAGAUAGGGUUUGUGGUUUUGUUGGAUUUUUGUUUGUUGGUUUGUUGUUUUGUAGACGGGGUCUCAGGUAGCUCACUCUGGCCUUGAACUCAUUCUGUAGCUGAGGGUGACUCCUGCUCCUUCAGCUGCCAUCCUCGAGAGGUGGAAGUGAAGGGUGAGAACUUACUUGCACUGCCAGGAGAUCUCAGUGGGUAAUGGCAUCUGCUGCUAAGCUCGAGGAGCCGACUCUGGUCCCUCGGGCCCCUACAGUGAAAGGGGAGGUGACUCCUGACCUCUACACGUGUGCCACGGCACAUGCCCUGUCCCCUCCCAACUGAAAAUAAUAAAAUGUGACUUUAAAA